AUGAUAUACUGUACUCUUUGCGGAAUCCAUAUCACUGGACAGCCUGGCGAAACAUGGCUCCAGGAGUUUCGAGCAAUCUGGGUUGAGAGCGAUUUAGUGGACAAUGUCGCUGUUUCUGGUGUCGGCCGACGGAGCAACAACGACGAUGAAAUUUUUGGAAUCGCUCCAGAUGAUCCAAAGAAGCGCUACGACGACGAUACUGGGCCAGGUACCACUAUCGAUGUGGCUUUGACACCCAGUAGACCAACCAUUUUCACACGCUCCCUAGAUGAAGAUGUCUCGGCUUGGGGCUAUGGAUUUCACGCAUCUUGCUGGAGUAUCUUCACAAAGUAUUCCAUCCCGAACCUGGGCCGCUUAUUUGCGGCGUGUUUGUCCAUGCCAACUGGUCAAGAAGCCUUCCUGAACUGGGGUCAUGACUAUGGAGGAGCAAGCAUACUGGAAAAAGGGUUCGAAGUGCCGACACAAGAUACUCGCUUCCCUGACCCACGAACUAUACCCAAUCCCUUUCGAUCAGAUCCGUUUCACAUCCCCACCCUAGCCAAUGCAAUCCAACAAACAGCUCGCCUACAGAACGAUAUAUUCCUAAGUCAUGUCACAUUCAACACUAAGGCCCUUACUAAAGACCCCUUCUUUCGCUUGUCUCCAGAUAUCUUACAGUUAAUCACUGUAUUGCUAUCAACCUCAGAAAUUCAUGCAAUACGGCUUGCAUCCCCGGUCUUUGCCUCCCUUCAAUUAUCUGAAAGAUUCUGGGCCUCUCGGUUCCAACCAGGCCACGAGUUCGAGUAUAUACCCGAGAUCAUAGAUCAUCCGCCUGAAUCAUGGAGAGCCUUCUACUUAUUACUCCAAAUCUGGGCCCUAAAUGACCCUCAUAUGGCUAAUCGCAAGCGAAUUUGGAGCCUUGCGAAAACACUGCAUGGCCUAGUGUCUCAGAUGGAAGACAUACCUUGCCAAGGGAGGCCCCUACAAACUUGGUUUGAGACUUCUGCGGAUUUAGAUGACACUUCAGCUUGCUGGCACACGGCGGCAUGCGCAAGUACCCAACCGAAUGAUUCAUUCCUCAAUGGCAAUCGAGUUUUACGAGCUCGUAUCCUCAGUUUCUCGCCAACACUCAUGAUGCAUAGGAUGUCUGUAUCAUUUGUGAAUCUACCAGAGGGGGUGUUUGUUUCUGGCCUGGUCCUGAUUGAUCACAGCCAUGAGCGCUAUGUUAUCGGGUACAUACAUGAGGGUAAUAUGGUUGACAUUCAUCUUCCUAAUGCACAACAUAUCCAAGGCUGGGAGCUUGCCUUGCGUACAUCUGGCGUUAAAGCAAUGGCUCUUAUCUAUGAGAAUGGGGCCAUAAAGCUCGUCAAACUUAGCCGACAAGGCUCACUUGAUGAGCUCAGCUGGCGCAAUAGCUGCCUCUGGUAUCCUCAAGUUCCACCGAUGGGACUUCUUUAUGAUUGGAACAAGGGCGAUAAGCCACCAAGCGAAUUUAAACUCCCUUUCACAGGCGUCUUCUUUGAUGAAAUUGAUGACAUGUAUUCAUCAACCCUUACUGAGAUCGUUGUUUGGAUCUUUGAUGUCUGCUAUAUCGCAGGCAUAGAAUUCCGCUUUGCUAAUCCCUACCAUAACCGGCAGCUUGGAAACACUGGUCCAUUUGACGAAGAGUUCCCUGGACGACGAAACUUCUCGGACUCACAUGAUUCCAAUGUGUCAUUAAUAAUAGAUGGGGGUGCUGGAGAACGACUAAAGAGUCUUGAGGUUCAGGAACGCGGAGCGACUGUCGUGGGCAUGAAGAUAAACACUACUUUCAAUCGACAUGUACAAACUCCGGGAUAUCCUUAUGGAAUACAAAAGGGUUGGGUGACAGUCCAACCUAAGGGAUCCCGAAUUGUUGGAAUGUUUGCCACCUGCGGUGAUACGCUAGACAAUGUUGGUUUAAUAUCAAUAGGCUGA